AUGUCAACAUUGCAAUAUUCCGAAGCAGUUACAGCCCAAGGGAGAUCUUCCUGGAAAAACGUCCACAACUGUAAACUGUGCCCCUAUUUUACAACUUCGUUUUUCUUGAUGGUGAACCACGUGAGACGACACCGCGCCCCCCUGGAACGAUUUACGUGCUCAGAGGCCGAAAUUGAAACGUAUUAUUGUAAAGACUGCGAUUUUAAAACCGAACUAACGAUUGAGUUCAAACAACACAUUAAUAAAUAUCAUAGCGUUAAAAAAGAAUCAAGAGAUUUCAGCGUUCGCGAAAAAUGCGACUUUGAAACAAAUCUGUCGUUGAAGUGGCUUCUGGAGACGUCACCAUAUACUAGAGAUUCCAAUCAAAUUGACAAAGUGUGUUCCUACAAAAGUAAACUCGAAAAUCAUUUAGAUAACCAAGAAGAAAAAUGGUACAAGUGCGACCAGUGUCAUUUCAAAACCAGAGCGAAGACGUCUUUAAAAAGCCACAUAAAUAGCUUUCAUUUGGACGAAGAAUACGUUAAAUGGUACGAAUGCAAUCAGUGUCCAUUCAAAACUAAGCAUAAAAACUCUUUAAAGUUACACGUAGUUGCGAAACAUCAAAACCAAGAAAAAAUAAAGUGGUACGCGUGUGAAAAUUGUGCGUUCAAAACCAAACGGAUAACGCAGUUAAAAAUGCACGUGUUGGGUCUACAUUUGGAUGAAAAGGAAGUUAAGUGGCACGAAUGCGAAGAGUGUCCUUUCAAAGCUAAACUUCGCAGAAAUUUAAAGAGGCACGUUCGGAUUCACCAUUCGGAAAAACCAGAACGGUUUGAAUGUGCAAAUUGUUCAUAUGAAACUAACACUAAAGCUAAAUUAAAAAGACAUGGAAAGGUUCAUGUGGAUGUUAAAUCAUAUCAGUGUGAACAUUGUCCAUACAAGGCGAAAUGCCCUGAGUAUUUGAAGCGUCAUAUGAAUAACCGACAUUUGGAUGGGAGUGAAGCCAAAUGGUACAAAUGCGAACACUGUCCUUACGAAAAUAAAAAUGCGUCGUGUGUGUCCGCACACAAAAAAAUUCAUGUGUAA